AUGCAGCAAACAAACUUGGGGAGGGUGGCUUUGGUUACAGUCUACAAGGGUCUGUUAUCAGAUGGCACAGUAAUUGCAGUGAAGCAGCUCUCUUCGAAAUCAAAGCAAGGAAAUCGGGAAUUCGUGAAUGAAAUAGGCAUGAUUUCUGCCCUGCAACAUCCGAACCUUGUGAAGCUGUAUGGAUGUUGUGUUGAAGGGAACCAGAUGCUUUUAAUUUAUGAGUACAUGGAAAAUAACUGCGUAUCACGUGCUCUUUUUGGAAGCGACCCUGCUUGCAGAUUGAAACUGGGCUGGCCUACCAGGAAGAAGAUUUGCAUAGGUAUUGCCAGAGGUUUGGCCUAUCUCCAUGAAGAGUCGAUACUAAAGAUAGUGCAUCGCGAUAUCAAGACAAGCAAUGUGCUGCUUGACAAGGACUUUAAUGCUAAAAUUUCUGAUUUUGGCUUGGCAAAGCUUAAUGAAGAUGACAACACCCACAUCAGCACGCGGAUUGCUGGAACUGUUGGUUAUAUGGCUCCUGAGUAUGCAAUGCGUGGUUACUUAACUGACAAAGCAGAUGUUUAUAGCUUUGGAGUCGUCGCAUUGGAAAUCGUUAGCGGAAAGAGCAACACAAACUACAGGCCAAAGGAGGAGUUUGUCUACCUUCUUGACUGGGCUUAUGUGUUGCAAGAGAGAGGGAGUCUAUUGGAGUUGGUUGAUCCAGCCUUGGGUUCAGAAUAUUCAUCAGAGGAGACAAUGCUGAUGCUAAAUGUUGCUCUCAUGUGCACCAAUGCAUCUCCCACUCUUAGGCCUACAAUGCCUCAAGUAGUGAGCAUGCUUGAAGGCAGAACAGCAGUUCAAGACCUACUUUCUGAUCCCGGCUUUUCGGCCAUCAAUUCCAAUGUCAGGGCCAUUAGAAAUCACUUCUGGCAAAAUCCAAGUUGUACACAAAGCAUGUCAACCAACGGUCCAAGAACUGAUACCUCUGGUAAUUCAUACAUUGAAACAGAAGAGAGUGGCCGUCUUUUAAGAGUUAGUUCUGUAACUUCAGUUAAAUCUGAAGAGUAA